AAUUUCUCUGCGGUGGCGCCACUAAAUUUUUUCGCGCUUGCGCAUAUUGAAGGUGGAAGAAAAACUGCUACUCUGGCAGUUUUUCGAAAUGGCUUGAAACCAUCAAUAUUGGCAGUCCGCGUGAAAAAACGUGUAAAUUUUAUUACUGAAAAAGCAAAUUAUCAUUAAUUUGCUGAUAAAUUGAGUAUUCAAUUAUGGAUCGACCUAAAGAACAACAGGUGCUUGAAGAUAGACUGAGAGAGCUAGCCGCAUCCGGUGAUAUUGAAGGUGUCAAGGAACUGAUCUCUAAGGGCGUAAACAUCAACACACAAAAUGCUGUUAACGGAUGGACUCCUCUUCACUGGGCGUGCAAACGUGGCUACACACUUUUAGUGGCUUACCUUUUGAGAGAAGGGGCAAAUAAGGAAAUACAAGGGAGCAGAGGAGAAACUCCAGCAUCUAUUUCUACCAAUCCACAUAUUUUAGACCUUCUGACGGGAGCACCUUUGUUUCAAGAUACUGCAAGAUUUCAGGAUGAAUCGGAGAAAUACACCUCAAAUUUUAAUUCCAAAAAUAUUCAAUUGAGUCCAAGUUCUCGUCCAGGACACGCUAGGCUUGCGACUCUUAGCUCAAUGGAGACUGCAAACAUUCCUCGUGACUGCCUCGUUUUGAAAAUUCGUUUGGCAAAUUCCAAAGAUCCAGAUUUCAUUGAAGUGGAAAUACCAAGGCGAGAUUUAAAUUAUGCAUCUGUGUUACAAGUGUGUUGCAUCGAGCUUAAUUUGCAGCCACGAUUAAUUGAAAGGGUAAGAAAAUUGCCAAAUACAAGAUUGAGGAACGACGCGGAUGUCAGAAGACUACAAGAUUUUCAAGAGAUAGAAGUAGUCACUCACAGUAAUAAUGAACAGAUGUGCAAUGGAGGACCACCAACUCAAACAAAUCUUACACCAGCAAAUGUAUAUCAGAGUAUAUCAAAGAAGGAUCAGACAAUACUUUACUGAACUCAAGGAAAAAAAUGACGAAAAGGAUACAGGAUUUGACUUAUUUAUAAAAUAAAUAUAACUAGGGUUACUUUUAUUGUCAUUUUUUAGUUUUGUUUAAAAAAAAAACAACUUUAUUAAAAGUAUUAAAUUCUAUCUAAUUCAUA